CCGAUCACGCACCGACGGCCAGUCGAAUCACCGCCUCCCCCGCAGUUCGCUUGCCGCGCUGUUUAUUUUGCGCGAGAGCCGAUGAAUUGGUGACCCUCCUGAUUACUAAAGACCUGCACGAGUUCAAGGAGGCACAGUGCUCAGAGCUUUCAGAGGUACUGAAGGUGAUGCGCACUAUAGACGACCGCAUCGUCCAUGCCCUGAACACCACCGUGCCCACAGUCUCCUUCUCAGGCAAAGUGGAUGCCACACAAACCUGCAAACAGCUCUAUGAAUCUAUGAUGGAGGCUCAUCUGAGCAGAGACAAAGCUAUCAAGGCUUGUAUAGCUCAAACAUCAGAGGUGGUGGGACAGCUGCGGGAGCAAAGAGCAAAGGACAAUGAAAACAUGGCACUAAUCAAACAGCUCAGGAAGGAGCAAACCAAAUUAAAGCUGAUGCAGUCAGAGCUGAACGUUGAAGAAGUUGUAAAUGACAGAAGUCUGAAGGUUUUCAACGAAAGGUGCAGAAUCCACUACACGCCUCCGAAGGUGAAAUGAAGUCCUGCUUCAUGAAAGGAGCUCUUUCACUCGAGGUUUAAAUCCAGGCUGGAGCUGAAACUGUGAACUGUUGCUGAGUCCUCGCUGCAGGCUGUUCACCACCCAGACAUCUCCGACCUCUUCCCCGACACACAAAUAUAUUCCGGUGUCAUUACUGUGUUAAUUUACCACCGUUGUAAAACAGUCACCUGUGUGCUUCUCCCAAGACAAAAAUAUUGUACAAAAAGAGUUUUUUAAAAACGGAGUCAAAUGGUUGUCUGAGUUUGAAAUCAUUUGUAGACCUUAGACGUCCUUUUUACAUGUAUUGAAUUCAAAUGUUUACUAUGCACUGUCUUCAUCAGGAAUCGGUUCAACAACUGUUGGGUUGUUCAUCAGUCCAUCCCUCACGAUGAGAUUUACAAGCUUUGAUCAUUCCUCAAGUUUUCAUACAGUGUCAAAUAUCUGUCUGUCCAAAAAUUUGAUUUGGUACCAAGCACCAGCAAAAAGAACGACACUUCCAUUAGCCUCAAGUGUACCUUAUAAGAAAUCGCCAAUCCUCCAAACUAAGUCGUCUUUGUUAAACGUGGUCUGUUGUACUUGCUUAACAACAGGAGCUGUAUUCACUACGUACGUUGGUAUUUUACUUUUGAGUGCUUCUGACUUGAUCUGAUCAUUUUCUCUGUUUAUCAGAGAUGUAAAGAUCUCUCAAUAAGGAAAGGACGAAAACUUCUAUUUCACAGAGGAAAUGUGACUGAUCCUGAUGUCAUGGCUGACACGUUCUAUCACUAUAACGUUUCCUGACUGAAAAAACAGAAGCACUGCAGCGGUCUAUCUCAGCCUCCUGUCAGCAGAGUGAUCACACAAGUCCAGUACUCGCAGUUCAUUUCAUUUCCACUGGAGGGCCCCACCUGAUCACAAAUGGGUAUUAAUAGUAUUAAUUAUUGUUGGUUUAAUAAAAGCUGAGUCUUCCUCCUCUUAAAA